AAAUAAGUAAUUAUUUUCAAAAUAGGUGAGGCAGUUUCUAGACAGGCAAGAACACGACUGAACAGAAAACGUACUCCCUGAUUUAAACCUAUCUAUCCAAUUUAAUCCGCCACGAUCAUUCUCAAACUCAUUCAGGUCAGGUCGGUUUCAUUCCCUCAAAAAGUUCCCCCUCGGUCCAAUCACAACUUGCCACGUGCUCCAUCUAAAAACGGAGGCCAUAAAACUUCCCAUCUCCGGCGGGAGGGUUUAGCUUAACACCACUCACCGCCGUGUUAGGUUCAUUUCAUUUCAUUUCAGCUCAGCUCAGCUCAGCUCAACUCAGUUCUAAACCCGAUUCGAGCAAAAAACCGGUGUAAAAUAAAGAAAAAGAAAAAGAAAUAUCCUACGGGAUAAGGUGAUGGCGACUGCGACUAUGGCAACAGCAGCCGGUGCAGCUGCGUUAUUGUAUUAUACAUUAAACAAAAAGUUACAAUUGAAUAGUAAUGGUGUUGUUAAUGAUGACGAUGAUGAUGGCGGCAAUAUGUCGAAUAGUAGUAAUGUUCCGUUAGGAAUUGAACGUGUUUCGCAUAGGUUAAUUGAAGCGCCGGCGACUUGGUUACAGACAAUUUCGACGUUAUCUGAGACUCUUAGGUUUACUUAUUCGGAGACUUUAGGGAAGUGGCCGAUUGGUGAUUUGGCUUUCGGGAUCAAUUUUCUAUUGAAGAGGCAGGGAAACUUGCAUGUUAGUAGUGUUUUUGGUGGUAAAGAUAGCAUACAGCUAAAAGGGUCAGAAAUAACAAGUGAACUUAAGUAUCUUUUAAACCUGCUAACCCUGUGUUGGCAUUUUUCCAAAAAGCCAUUUCCUUUAUUUUUGGAGGAGACGGGAUACAGUAACGAAAAUGUUCUCCUUCAAGAGCCGAAAGCAGGAAUAUUGAAGCCAGCUUUUACAAUUUUGGUUGACCACAAGACGAAGUAUUUUCUUUUACUGAUUCGUGGGACACAUAGUAUCAAGGACACUUUGACUGCUGUAACAGGAGCAGUGGUGCCAUUUCAUCACUCUGUGGUGCAUGAGGGAGGAGUCAGCAACUUAGUGCUAGGUUAUGCGCAUUGUGGGAUGGUGGCAGCUGCUCGUUGGAUCGCAAAACUUGCAGCACCUUGUAUUAAAAAGGCACUUGAGCAAUAUCCUGAUUAUAGACUCAAGAUAGUAGGACACUCUUUGGGUGGAGGUACGGCAGCUCUUUUAACGUAUGUUUUGCGGGAGCAGAAGGAGUUAUCCAUGACUAGUUGUGUCGCAUUUGCUCCAGCUGCUUGUAUGACAUGGGAGUUGGCUGAAUCAGGCAAUGAAUUCAUUACUUCUGUUAUAAAUGGAGCUGACUUAGUGCCUACAUUUUCGGCUGCUGCAAUAGAUGACUUGCGAGCAGAGGUGACAGCUUCUGCGUGGCUGAAUGAUUUAAGGAAUCAGAUUGAGCGUACAAGAAUUCUUAGUACUGUCUAUCGUUCUGCGUCAGCAUUGGGUUCCCGUCUUCCAUCCAUUGCUACUGCUAAAGCAAAGGUUGCUGGGGCGGGAGCAAUUCUUCGUCCAGUUUCCAGCGGCACACAGGUUGUUAUGAAAAGAGCCCAGAGCAUGGCUCAUGCAGCAUGGACUGUACGUCCUGCUCUACACCUAUCUUCAUGGUCGUGUAUGGGUCCCCGUCGCAGAGGCGCAGUUGUUUGUUCCAGUACAGCAGCUGAAAGUACUGCUACAUCUCCCUCUGAUAUAGAAACUUCUGAGCCAUUUGUUUCUCCAAGGAAUACCACAAACGGUAUAGAAUCCAUUGACCUUCCUGUAUGUUCUGGAGGCGCAGAGUGGACUUCUGAGAUAGAAUGUUACACUGAUGAUAUGGCUAACCAUACUAACAUAGAUGCCGAUAUUGGCAACGGUGAAGACUGCCUUAGUGACGUACAUGAAGACCCAAUGGAUGAAGUUGAAUUGUGGCAACAACUUGAGCAUGAGCUUUACGACAGAACAGAUCACGAGGUUGCUGAUGUGGCGAAGGAAAUAAGGGAAGAAGAAGCAGCUGCAAUGGCAGAGGUUGGCGAGAGUUCAUCUGGAACCGGUGCUCCAGAGACAAAAGAAGCGCACAGGUUCUUCCCUCCGGGAAAAAUCAUGCACAUUAUUACCUUUCAUUUAGAAAGUGCUGAAAGCGAAAAUGCAGAUAGCGAAGCUAAUAGCCCUUCGAGCUGCGAUUCUGACAACUCCCAGCUGCCACUUGGUGAGGCUAAAGUUGGGAUUUUCCUGACACCGAGAUCUCUUUAUAGUAAACUGAGGCUUUCUCAAACUAUGAUUAGUGAUCACUUUAUGCCUGUCUAUAGGAGACAAAUUGAAAAGAUAGUUAAAGAACUUGACAAUGAAGAAGCUGAUGAUAAUUGUUGUCAAAACGAGACGGUAGUGUUAUAGUGAAACGACGGCUGACACUUGUGAAUAAUCAUUAUACCCGAAGAGAUUUAGACAUUUUCGUGCUUGAAACGGUAAGGAAUUAACGAAUCUUGAUUUCUCAUUGA